UCUGAGUAAUUUUCUUCGUAACUUCGUUGCAAAAGUCUCUCUUAACCUUUCUUUAUCGCAAACGAUCAUAUCCCGGGCCGGAAUAUGUCUUCCGCCGGAGUAGCAGGCGGCGCACCCGCUGGCACCACCGCACCUCAGCUCUAUUUCUGCCACCAAUGCAACCACACCGUCUCCUUAACCCCAUCUCCUACCUCUGAUCUCGUCUGCCCUGACUGCAACGGUGGAUUCCUCGAAGAAUACGAAAACCCUAGCCCUACCCCCACCCAUAAUCCCUUCUUCAGCUACUCCGAGAGCUUUUCUAGCGGCGGUGGCGCGUUUCCUUCCUUGGCUGCCGGCCUCGCUGGUCUCCCUUUCCUCCUCUCCACCUCCAGCGCCGUCGAAGUCCCACCCGAACUCUCCGCUCUCUUCGAUCCCGAAAUCCGGGAACGCUCAACGGCGGGGAUGCAAGACCCCGAUGUAUUCAAUCCUUUCCUCUUCCUUCAGAAUUACAUUCAAUCUAUGCGUGCAGGUGGUGCUAACAUCCAGUUUGUCGUUGAAAACAAUCCUUCCGAUCAUGGUGGUUUUCGUCUUCCGACGAAUCUCGGUGACUACUUCAUCGGUCCCGGGCUCGAGCAAUUGAUUCAGCAGCUUGCGGAAAACGAUCCGAACCGGUACGGCACGCCUCCAGCAUCGAAAUCUGCCGUCGAAGAGCUCCCAAACAUUAAAAUUUCCGAAGAAUUGCUUGCUUCAGAUGCUGCACAGUGUGCGGUCUGUAAAGACACGUUUGAGCUCGGUGUGGAGGCGAAGCAGAUGCCCUGUAAGCACAUUUAUCAUUCUGAAUGUAUUCUUCCAUGGCUUGAGAUGCAUAAUUCUUGUCCUGUUUGUCGGUAUGAGCUGCCAACGGAUGAUCCUGAUUACGAGCAACGUACUAGGGAGACUAGACCUUCUGGGAAUCCGACUAGGGCUGCUGGGUGGGCGGAUUCUAGUAGUGGUAGAGGAGCUCAGGAGAAUAAUCCUUCCCCGCGAACAGCGCAACGAAGGUUUAGCAUUUCGUUGCCGUCUCUAUUUAGGGCAUUUGGUGGGCAAGCGGAGACGAGCAACAGCGGUGUUGGGAAUAACAAUCGCAACAAUGAGAGUCGGGAUGGUCGAGACUACGGGUCUGAGACCAGGCAAGAAGACUUGGACUAAGCGUUGCAGCUGCUUGCAUCUCUCAGAAAUGAGAAAGGGCUUCAUUUCUUGAUCAUCUGGACAUCUAAAUUCUUUGGGGAUUUAGAUUUGUAAUCAUGUAUGAACAGAAGAUCAUAUACAUAGA